CAGAAAGUACUACAAGUGCCACUGAAUGUGAUGAUGAGAACAGGUUAGAUCCCAUAAGCAAAAAUAAGGAAGAAAAAAUUCACAGACUUGAAAGUGCAUUGAGAAAAAUAAUUAAGAUAUUAAAGAAUCUAGAAGAAAAAGAAGUUGAUUUUGAUGAUGAAUAUGAUUCUACAUAUCUGCUACAAGAUAGAUAUGAACGUCGAAUGAUAAAAAUCUACAAUAAACUCUGUGAAAUAACUGGUGAACAGCCAAGUGCGGGCCGUGCAAUAAAACGUAAAAUUUAUGUAGCAAUCAGUACUCACCAAUCCAUUAACAAGGCUGUUCAAGAUUUUGUUAAUAAAAAAAAGGAGUUUCCUGAUUAUCAAGAUAUUCUGAAAAUUGUAAAAUCGUCCAAUGAACUAGAGUCAUUAAAAAUGAGUAAUGCUGCUGAAGCACUUGAAGCCCGGAAAGUUUUUGAGCACAUAGGAAGUGAAUUACAGAGGAGGCGGCAAGCAGAUUAUUAUUUAUCAAUAUCAGAUUAUCUUCAAAGUGAAACUGAUCCUGCUGAAAAAGAUCCUUCUCUUAAAAAUCAACUUAAGAAAAAUUAUGAUGAGAAUAAACAUAAAAUUCCGGAAAUAAUUAAUAAAUAUGUAGAGAAGGCUGAAAGCAUAGGCUUGAAAGAAGAAGAGGUCGAUAGUGAUCAAGCAAAGAGCGAUGAUGAAAAGGAAUCUGAUGCAGAAGAAAGUGAUGGCUCUAGUACAAAUAUUAUUUAAAACCAAAAAAUAUAAAUUUUAUUUUCAUGACCAUAGAUUUUAUUAAAACUUUAAUGAUAAAGAAACUUACAGCCUGUAACACAUAAGAUUCAAAGAAAGGUAAAUAAAAAAAAAUUAGGAAUUGUAUUAUA